AUGGCUCUGCGGAUAUCUUGUUCCCGCGCUGCAAAGCGUGCAACUUCCCUCACACCUGCCACAUCGGUUCUUUCGUCAUACAGUGCGCAAUGGAGAAGAGGAAAUGCCACCGUCGCCCCGACGCAGGUUACGCAGGGAGAAAAGGGCCCAACUGCCAUGGUAUUCAUGAACAUGGGCGGGCCAUCCACUACCGAUGAGGUUCACGGCUUCUUGAGCAUGUUGUUUGCCGACAAAGACUUGAUCCCUCUUGGACCCCUCCAGAACUACAUCGGACCUUACAUUGCAAGGAGAAGAACACCCAAGAUUCAAAAACAGUAUGCCGAGAUUGGUGGAGGAUCGCCGAUUAGGAAGUGGUCGGAAUACCAAGCCGCAGAGAUGUGCAAGAUUCUCGACAAGACUUCACCCGAGACAGCGCCGCACAAGCCAUACGUCGCGUUCCGUUACGCCAACCCUCUUACUGAAGACACCUACAAGCAGCUGCUGGCAGAUGGAUUUGGAGGUGGCAAAGGUGGUCGCGCUGUCGCCUUCACGCAAUACCCGCAAUACUCAUGCUCUACUACUGGUUCCUCACUGAACGAGCUCUGGAAGUGGAGGACAAGGCUGGAGGGCAAACGUGCAGCUGGAGAGACUGGACAGGAAGUCGAACCCGAGGGUGCGAUAAAAUGGAGUGUCAUUGACCGCUGGCCUGCUCACCCAGGUCUCGUCGAGGCAUUCGCCCAGCUCAUCGAGAAGAAGCUCGCAGAAUAUCCUGCUGAGCGAAGAGACGGCGUCGUCAUUCUCUUCUCAGCACACAGUCUGCCGAUGACUGUUGUAAACCGUGGUGACCCAUAUCCCUCCGAAGUCGCGGCCACUGUUUACGCCGUCAUGCAGCGUCUAGGUAUGAAGUAUAAGUACCGUCUGGUAUGGCAGUCGCAGGUCGGACCUCAGCCAUGGCUCGGUGCACAGACUUCAGACACCGUCAAGGAAUACAUGAAGAAGGGCCAAACAGAUAUGUUGUUGGUUCCAAUUGCGUUCACAAGCGACCACAUCGAGACGCUGUACGAACUCGACAAGGAGGUCAUUGGUGAAGAUGCUGAAGGUCACGAGGGUGUCAAGCGUGUAGACAGCUUGAAUGACAACCGUGUCUUCAUCGAAGCGCUCGCGGAUAUUGCCAAAGCACAUUUGCAAAGCGGUCAGGCUUGCAGCCCUCAGAUGACUCUCCGGUGUCCAAAGUGCACUAGUGAGAGGUGUCUGGCACAGAAGGAAUUCUUCGCGAGCCAGACGCAGCAUAUCAAUCCUUCUACAGCAUAG